GCAGUUUAUUCAGUGCCUUUUAAGCAAGAGGGAAGAAGAAGAGGCUCGCUGUCCGUUAGCUAAGCUUGCUACUAUUGGGAAGUAGCAACAAUAUUUCAGCAUCGUAUCAUCAUAAUGAGUUAUGCAGAGAAGCCGGAGGACAUAACAAAGGAAGAGUGGAUGGAUAAACUCAACAAUGUCCACAUUCAGAGAACUGAUAUGAAUAGGCUGAUAAUGAACUAUCUGGUUACAGAAGGAUUCAAAGAGGCAGCAGAAAAGUUCAGGAUGGAGUCCGGAAUAGAGCCCAGUGUGGACCUGGACUCCUUAGAUGAACGGAUUAAGAUCAGGGAGUUGAUAUUAAAAGGACAGAUCCAGGAUGCCAUUGCCCUUAUCAAUAGUCUGCACCCAGAACUGCUGGAUACGAACCGUUACCUUUAUUUUCACUUGCAGCAGCAGCAUCUUAUUGAGCUGAUUCGUCUGAGGGAGACAGAGGCUGCCCUUGAAUUUGCCCAGUCUCAGUUAGCAGAGCAGGGAGAGGAGAGUCGAGAAUGUCUGACUGAGAUGGAGAGGACGCUGGCUCUACUGGCGUUUGACAACCCAGAAGAUUCACCCUUUGGAGAUCUGCUCAACAUAAUGCAGAGACAAAAGGUCUGGAGUGAGGUUAAUCAGUGUGUACUAGACUACGAAAACAGAGAAUCUACUCCGAAGCUGGCCAAGCUACUGAAACUACUGCUGUGGGCUCAGAAUGAACUCGACCAAAAGAAAGUCAAGUAUCCCAAAAUGACUGACCUCAGCAAGGGAACGAUUGAAGACCCCAAAUAAAGAAGAUUGAAUAAAUAACACAUUGUUACAAAAUGGACACAGUUCUUUAUCUAUUUAUAACACAGGAUGCUGAACCAGAUAGAGUACAACCUUUUCUUUUUUUGUAAGGGUUGCCUUUUGAUACUUUACUAAUUCCCAACUGGACGGAAUACAGUUUAAGGUUACUUCUUACUCAACAAUAACAACCAAACCCGUUAUUUUAUUUGGAAUUAUAAUUUACAUAUUUGUCUAUGUAAAGCCAAAAUGUUUUAUUUACUCUGGUUUUUCUGUCUGUUGGCAGGGAAUGUUGGCAGUGGAGGUUGUAAAUAAAGCCUAAAUUAGGCUGAUGGUGUGUAUAUGUGUGCCCAUUUUAAGGAUGCAGGGUUUCAUCAGGAAAAAAACUGCUGGCUCAAUGUGCAAUGCUUAAAAUAGACAUUUUUUUUUUCUUUUUUUUACAUUUCUACCAGUGGGAUUUCAUCUGGUACUUCCAUGUGAUAAAGGCUACUGCAACUCUGAAAGUUAAAUUUAAUUUAGGAAUCAUAAUGUAUUCUUGAGACACUAAAGAUGGUGGUAAAGAUACACAAACAUGAAUAGAAACCCUCAAGCUUUAUGUUAUGGUAGUAAAUUGAUAAUAUUACUGGAGUAUUAAACAUUUUCACAGCGUACUGUGACUAUGUAAGUUUGAGGAACAUGAUGUUAAAAGACAUGAAUGGGUAGAUACGCUUGCAAACAUAGACACUAUUAUGUAUGAGUGAUUUACAGUUGUAGAGACUUGGCUAAAAUUUGAUGUGCUUUUUCCCCCCUGGUAUAUUACUUUGCAAUAAAAGUAAAUUUUUUGAA